AGUGUUUUUGUUCCGGCUGACUGAAUGAACACGUUGAAGAAUGUAUUAAAGACAACAUGAUCAGAUGACCUGCAUGGAACAACAGAGGCGUGUCUUCACUGACCUUUCACUGACUUUUCCAGUUUAUCGAAGAUGAAACUAAACGUUUUCUCAGAGCUCAUCAGUAGUUUCUGUAGAAGAGAAAUGUAACAUUGUUGCUCUCAGAGAGGAAUAUGAAGACGUUGGUGACGUUUGGGAUCCUCCUGUAUGUGUCCUUCAGGAUCCAGGCUGCAGUGAUUGAGGUGUUUGAGGAGGCAGAGUCUGUCCUGCUGCCCUGCCUUUAUGGGGGAAUAAUUCCUGAAGAAGAUCCCUUCGUUACCUGGACUCGUAACGAUCACAACUCCAAAGUUUUCCUCUUUCGACAAGAAGGCAGUGAUCCAGAAGGACAGAACCAGAUCUACAGAGGAAGAACAUCAAUGAGUCCUGAUGCACUGGACACGGGAAACUACAGCCUCACCUUCAGAAAGCCUCAACUGUCUGACAGUGGGAACUACAUUUGCAGCAUUGCUGAUGGUGUAAAGACGCUAAAGCUGACAGAGGUUCAGCUCAAUGUCAAAGAUGUCCAGGAGGAGGUGAAGGUGAAUAGAGAUGCAGAGUUCGUUGUCUUGCCCUGCAAAACAUCUGCUGAUUUGCCCAAAGACACCAGAGUGGAGUGGACCAGAUCAGAACCACGAUUUAUGUUUGUUCAAGCGUAUCCAAACACAAGCACACGGAAUGCAGAAAGGGAAGAGCAUUACUGGGGCCGCACUGCCAUGAACAAAGACUUGUUGAGAACCGGAGACGUUAGCCUGACCCUGAGAGAUCCUGGAGCCAGAGACAGCGGACGCUACGUCUGCACCGUUUACAGAGGCAAAGACAUCCUGAGACAGAGAGUGGAUCUGGAACAGGCCCUUCUGGAGGUCCCUCUGCAUCCAGAGGGUACACCCGUCUGGGUCACAAUUUUCUUGGUGGUUCUCCUGGUUCUUGGAUUGUCUGGAAUUGUUUUAUUUUAUUUCCGUCACUAUUUCAUACCAGUCAAACAGGUGAAGGUAGAUUCAGGGGAAGAGUCUGUCCUGCUGCCCUGCACAGCCAAAAAGAAUCUGCCUGAAGAUGCUAAAGUGGAGUGGACGGACAAAGAUAAUUUAAAGGUCCAUGUGUAUGAAAAUGGUUCUGAUUAUCCUGGAGAACAGAGCCUGUUCUACAGAACCAGAACCAAGAUGGAUGAAAAUCUGUUGAUAACUGGAGACCUCAGUCUGACUCUGAAACAUCCCACAAUUGGAGACCAGAACUUCUACACCUGCAGAGUCUUCAACAGGGUCGGAGCUAUCCUGAUGAUGAAACAAUUAAAGCUUCAGGUGAAAGGCCAUCAGAUCAAAGUGGAUUCUGACGUGGAGUCGGUCCUGCUGGCCUGCAGAACCACAGAUCAUCUGCCAGGAGAUGCGAGAGUGGAGUGGAUAAAGAGCCCAGUUAAGAAGAUCCACGUGUAUGAGAACGGUUCUGAUCAGCCUGGAGAACAGAGCCAGUACUACAGAACCAGAACCAAGAUGAAUGAAGAACCGCUGAGGACUGGAGACCUCAGUCUGACUCUGCGAUGGCCCACUGUUGAAGACAGUGACAUCUACAUCUGUAAAGUCUCCAGCAGGAACGGAGACGUCCUGAUGAAGAAACAAGUUGAGCUGAAGGUCAAAGUCUGCCAGGUGGAGGUGGAAGAGGGGGCGGAGUCUGUCCUGCUGCCAUUCAGAACAACGCCUGAUCUACCUGGAGACGCUGAACUGGAGUGGAGAAAAGGAAUCUAUGUGACAGUCCAUGUUUAUCAGAAUAACUCUGAUCAGCCUGAGAAACAGAACCGGCUCUAUAUGAACAGAACCAGGAUGGAUGAAGACCUGCUGAAGACCGGAGACUUCAGUCUGACUCUGUGUUGGCCCACAAAGAGAGACAGUGGAAAGUACAGAUGUUUAAUCUACAGCCUGAAGGGAAACCUUCAGAGAGAGAAAACGGUUCUGCUCAAAGUUACAGAGAGACGACAGAUCCAUGAAGGAACUCCACUGAUCCCAGUUUGACCAGAGUCUGAGUGAAGGGUCUGAUGGAUGAAGAGAGGAUGCAGCUCCUUCCUCCAGUACUACCUCUGCAGCUUUGUCACUCAUCAAGCACCUGAUCGUAUAGGAAGUUAUUCCUGGUCAUGGAGUCACGAUGUGUGAGGGACUUUCUGUGUGAACAUGUCUGCAUCUGUGAGAAAAGAAUAAGGCUGAGACCAGUCAAUGUGAGAUGAGUUCAGGCAGAACCAGCCUGUUGGACGCCAACGCAGAGUUAGUCUCAAUGAUAUCACUUUUAGACUCAUUGGAUUUUCUCUUUUUUAUCAUGUAGUAAAUAUUUUUGCAUUGUGUAAUUUUCUGUUUUUUCCUGGACUCCAUCUUCAGAUGGAAAAUGUUUGUAGAGUCAAAGCUUGGUGUUUGUAAGAAAAUUCACAUUUUCUAUCAUAAUAAGAGCUUUGGUCUAAUUGA